UUGGGGUCUGACUUUCCGGCUUUCACGUCGGUUCUCUUCCUUUCUCCUCCUCACUCAAGGUCAUCAUUAACUCGGCUUCCUCUUGAGAUCUCGAGGAGCGAGCUUUCAUCAUGGUCCUAUUCAAAAGGAAGCCGGUGCAGUUUCUGACUGUUCCGAAUAUUGAAGAUGACAACCAAGAGGUUUGGCACAUCCCUCAGACGGGAGAGAUCUUCGUAACAUAUGAGGAAUACCUCAACCGCAUGGACUUCUACAAUCAGAAACGAUUCAUCUGCACAAUCACAGGUCACUCUGGUCUAACUUUCUUUGAAGCCCUAUCAAGUGAGACUGCUGGGGCAGCUGAGGUUGAGCAGGCGUUUCCUGAGGCCCUCAAGGGUCCUGUUCUUCGACGUGUUCAGUUCCAAACCGUGUCUCGCAUCGACACUCUGGUUGAUCAGAUCUACGAUGAGUUUAAGAACGACUACUAUCCGGGUGAGACUGUUACCGUGAGCAUCGAUGGAGAGAAACUACACGGUGUAGUCCGGGACAAGACUCGAUUCGGAGGCACGGUCCUGCCUGAUGGUUCCACCGCUCCCCCGUAUUCCCGCUACUUUGUCAGUCUCAAAGAGCGGCAGGAGGAGGUGCCCGUCAAUGACUCUCAGAUCUUCCGCGACCGCAAGGUCUUCACCAAGUCGGUCCUUCGCUCUUUCAUCAAGAAGACAGUAACACGCGAGGCUUGGAACGGCGCUCCCUGGCUAGUCAAGACCGACAUUGCCGAGCGAUAUCACAUUGACACUCGAAUCCCGCCACAUCUGCGCUACGACAACAAGUUGCUCGAGAGAAAGCAAAUCCAGGCACAGAAGAGGAUGACGCAACCCGGCGGUAUGGGUAUGGAAUUCAAUAGCCACACCAGCCACAACACCCCUGCCUCACCCGGACAAUUUAGUCCUACAGGUCCUGUCCGCCUUCCUGAACUGAAACCAGCGCCUAAGAGUCACAAGUCAAAGGCUCAGCAGGCCGCUCAGGCCGCUGCUCAAGAGGCACGGCAGAAUGGUGGCGUAGUUUCUCGGAAACAUAACCUCUUUAACGGCCCCGAGCCGGGCGGGUUCAUGCACUUACCACUGCCGGGCAAUCCAUUCCAGUUCCCUCUGUCAUAUCGCAGUCACACAUUACCUCCUAUAUACAGCGCGCCCGAGCCUCCCCCGCCGCCCCCGCCGCCCAAGUACCCGAUCGAGGAUUUGCAAGUUGAAUCUCGCGGCCUGGUGCGACCGCAACUCAAGUACCUGUGUGCCGAUCCGCCUGUCGACCUGGAACCCACUUUCAAGGCGCCUUUCGAUGGCAAGAUACUCAUGAAGUCGGUAGGACCCCUUCUCGAGACCUGGGAUACCCUCAACGUCUACUGCGAGAUCUUCAAACUGGAUUCGUUCACUUUCGAUGACUUUGUGGAGGCCAUGCAGCUCGCCUCGGAGGAGAUGCCGGUACAGCUUUUCAACGAGAUUCAUUGCGCUGUCCUCAAGAUUCUGGUCAGCUCCGAGGCCGACGGCGGUAAGGUCCAAAUUCAGCUACCCGAGCUUGAAGAGGAGGAUGAGGAAGAGGAGGAUGAAGAAGAUAGCGCCGCCGCAACCCCUGAACCCGAGUCGUUACCUACCGCCCGCGCGACACGCAGCAGCCUAGCUAAGCUCGAGGCUGAGCGACUAGCUGCCGAGGCUGCUGCUGCCGAACGGGAAAUGCAGGAGGCCGAAGAUGCGCCCAAGCACCGUGCCGAGGAGGUUCUGAAGGAUUACGACUGGAUCGAGCACCUGCGGAAGCGCGAUUUCAAGGAUGGCGGCUGGGAGCUGAUCAUGGUCGGGUUGCUACACCAGCUGAGCAAGAACGAAAGGCUGAACGCGAGCUGCGAGGAGCUUCUGGAGCAGCUUGUGCCUGUCGAGGAUGAAGAGCCGAGUCGCGAGACGGUGCGCGCGCGGUAUGCGAGCCUCGAUGUGAACUAUCGCGUUCAGGCUUUGCAGAUCAUCUGCAUGCUCACUGCGGAGACCAAGGCGAUAAGGGGGUAUAUGGAGGAUUGCAGCGAGCAGAUGACGGCGUACCGGAAGGAGAAGAUUGAGUGGCAGCGGAAGAGGAAACAAGCUCUUGAGGACCUCAAGAACUUGAACGACCAACGCAAGAUCUUACUCCCGGACAACCUGCCCCCGAGUCCGCAAUUGGAGCCAGCUAAGGUCAACGGCGUCAACGGAGCGCACACUAACGGCGAUGUGAAGAUGACGGAUGUUGAUGAGAUCUCCUUGACAGGAGGGGUUCAUAUCUUGGACGAAAUCCCCGACUCCGACGCCGAGGAUGCCGACGGGACGCCAACUAACGGCCUGCGUAAUCUGCGCCGUGGCAACGACCGUGCCGCCGAGCGCAAGCGCAAAGAGGAGGAGAAGAAGCAGCGCGCCGAAGCGGCGGCGGCCGCUGCCAAGGUGCCUAAGCAAUCAAAGCAGUUCCUGAAGGUACUCAAGGAUAUUCAGAAGAAGGAGGAAGAAAUUGCGGAAUGCGAAAAGGAGAUCGCCAUCAUCGACAACGACCUUCGAGAAGCCGAUUGCCCCCGCACGAGGGUGCUCGGCAAGGACCGGUUCUGGAACAGGUACUACUGGUUCGAGAGAAACGGAAUGCCGUACGGUGGUUUACCCGACAGCUCCACGGCGCAUGCGGGGUACGCGAACGGUUGUAUCUGGGUGCAGGGGCCGGACGAGCUGGAGCGCGAGGGGUAUAUCGAUAUGAAGGAGGAGUGGCAGAACGAAUAUGUUGCCAAGUUCGGAAUCACCGUGCCGGAAAGGAAGAAGAGGGAGGAAGGCGGUACCAGCGUGUUCAAGGCCACGCAAUGGGGCUUCUACGAGCGUGCGGAGGACGUGGAUAAGCUCCUUGAGUGGCUGGAUCCGCGGGGUGUUAACGAGACUAAGCUGAGGAAGGAACUCGUCAACUACAGGGACCGAAUCCAAAAGGGCAUGGAGAACCGCAAGACCUACGUGGGACUUGAUACAGCUACAGAGGAAGAGAAAAAGGAAGAGAACGGCGCCACGGGUGGAGAUGCGAUGGAGGGUGUUGAAGCCAGCACUACGGCCGCCGUCGUCGAGGAGCCGCCCGUCCAGCCAACAACGAAAGGAGGAAGGGGCAAGCGGAGCACAAGAGGCAACAACAACAGCCGUGCGGCCACGACAACCAGACAAGUCACUCCCGAGCCACCAGCCUACAGAUGUCUCGCAUGGGUCAACACCACGGCCAUUGAGGAGAUUGGCCAUCUCCACGGAGAGGAACCACCCCCGGCCAGGAAUAGGAAGCAAAGCAAGAAGAAGCAGGAGGCGGCCGCUGCGAAGGAAGAGGUGGAAGUCCAGGUUGCGCCGACAACAAGGAGCGGGAAGAAGAAGAGCGCGAGGUGAUAAGGUGAUACACUGACAGUACAAAGAUACCAUCGCGAUUUUCGAUGUGUCCUGCUCUUAGAGAGCAACAGUAUAUUUUGGUUGGCAGUUUACAUUAUC